UAUUACCCCUAGGAUUCUGCUACUUACCCAUACCCACACCCCCAACCCUUCCCCUCAACUCUUCUUUCCCGCCCACCCCCGUUCAGUCACUAUCAUGUCAACCUCCACAACCCAGGCCACUCCCUCCGCACUCCCCAAGCACAUCCUCGUCUAUAAAUCCACGCCCAAGCCGGAUUCCACGCCCCCAGAAGCCCCGCAACCCAAACUCCGUCUCCAAAUCAAUGACCUCCGCCACCCCGCCUCCAAGUCCUUCCUCAUACUGAUCCCCGAUGUGAGCUCCACCCUCGAGACCGCUCUCACAGCAAUCAUCCAGCACCUGUAUACCCCCGGACGGACCGAACCGGCUCCCAGCAGACCCUUGUCGUCCUUUACACCCCACGUCCCCGCAACCCGCUCCGUGACAGUCCUCCUCCGCGACAUCGAUGGCGUAGCCUACACCACAGGCACCGAGCUCGACAACGACCAUAAGGAAAUCCAUCUCUCUCUAUCCUACAUCCGUACCUGCACCGGCUACCCAGACCCUGUGGCCGAGAUAACCGGCGUUCUCACCCACGAGCUUGUCCACUGCUACCAGCAUACCGCGCCACCACAGGCCCAAGAUAUUCCCCGGCCGCCAGGGGGCUUGAUUGAGGGAAUUGCGGAUUUCGUGCGUCUUAAGGCGGGGUUGGAACCGCCGCAUUGGAAGCGGCCUACUUCGGCCAAGGAGAGAUCCGCGAAAUGGGAUCAGGGAUAUCAGCAUACAGCUUACUUCCUGGCGUGGUUGGAGGAUGUGCGGGUGGGAAAAGGUGCGGUCGGGCUGUUGAAUGAUCGGCUGUUGCGGGUUGGGUAUGUUGGUGAGGAUGGAGGGAGAGGCUCGGGGAAAGAGGGGUUCUGGAAGGAUCUGUUUGGCGUCGGGGUUCAGGAACUGUGGGAGGAGUAUGGGAGGUAUCUCGAUACUCCUACCGAGGGGGGAACUGAUGAUACAGGUAGAGGUAAUUGGGAGGAUGAGAUUGUUAAUCGUGAUUGAUGGGUUGGGUUGAGCGGCCUAAAUACAAUUAGAUCGUUGGUGUACAUACCGGACUACAGGCAGUAAGCAUUGCCUGGUGACAAUACCCUAUUGUUUUGUUCUUCCCGGGCGUUUUCAUAGAUGGCCACCUACCUACAUCAUGGGUAGGUAGCUGUUGUGGCCAGCCCGUCUAUGCUUAUCGGGGUUGGAAGACUGCUCCCGGGAGACGGACGCAGGAUCUCAUUGCGUAAGACCGCUUGAUUCAGUACACGACUAUGUACUUUUGUCU